AUGCUGAACAAUCACUGUUUUGAAGCUCUAGACAUAACUUUAAAUGACAAUAUGAAUACGCAAGCAACUUUUGGCCAUGAUAAACAUUUUGGAGGACAAGUAGUUGUUGUGGGGGGAGACUUUAGGCAGAUUCUUCCAGUCAUUUUGAAAGGAAGUAGAUCUGACAUCAUUUCUUCUGCUGUGAAUUCAUUCUACCUAUGGAAGUAUUUUAAGCCAAUCGGUGACGAUGAUUCUAAUAUAGAGAUUCCCUCUGAUUUGUUGGUAAGGGAGUCUAAUAAUCCUUUACUUGAAUUAGUAAAUUUUACUUAUCCCGAUGUUGUUGCUAAUUUGAAAAACCAUGCAUAUUUUGAACAAAGAGCACUCCUUGCACCUACUCUUGAAAGUAUUGAAGAGGUUAACAACUUCAUGCUGUCUAUGAUUCCUGGAGAGGAAACAAAAUAUUUGAGUUAUGAUACUCCGUGUAGAUCAGAUGAAGAUUCUGAUAUAGAUGCAGAAUGGUUCACUUCUAAAUUCCUAAAUGAUGUUAAAUGCUCUGGUAUUCCAAACCACCGAAUUGUAUUAAAAGUUGGGGUUCCUCUCAUGUUGAUUCGAAAUUUAGAUCAGUCUGCUGGAUUGUGUAAUGGCACUAGAUUGAUGGUUACUGCUUUGACGUCGUAUAUUAUUGUUGCUACCGCUCUAUCAGGUACAAAAUCAGGUACAAUGGAUUUUAAUUCAAUGAGGGAGAACAAGCAACAACUGGGAUACUUUUGGUUCAAUUGA